CGCCCGCCCGCUUCCUGCCGCGUCCGCGCGCCCGCCCCGCCCGAGCAGCGGCCGCAACCCCGGCCGGGCCCAGCGGGGAGAUGAACACGGUGCUGUCCCGGGCCAACUCGCUCUUCGCCUUCUCGCUGAGCGUGAUGGCGGCGCUCACCUUCGGCUGCUUCAUCACCACUGCCUUCAAGGAGCGCAGUGUGCCCGUCCGCAUCGCCGUCUCCCGGGUCACGCUAAAAAAUGUAGAAGAUUUCACUGGACCUAGAGAAAGAAGUGAUCUGGGAUUCGUCACAUUUGACAUUACUGCAGAUCUGCAGAGUAUAUUUGAUUGGAAUGUUAAACAAUUGUUUCUAUAUUUGUCUGCAGAAUAUUCAACAAAAAACAAUGCCCUAAAUCAGGUGGUCCUUUGGGACAAGAUCAUGUUGAGAGGAGAUAACCCAAGGCUGUCCUUAAAAGACAUGAAGUCAAAGUACUUUUUCUUUGAUGAUGGAAAUGGUCUCAAGGGAAACAGGAAUAUCACCUUGACUCUCUCCUGGAAUGUUGUACCAAAUGCUGGCAUUCUACCUCUUGUAACAGGAUCAGGACAUGUGUCUGUACCUUUCCCAGAUACCUAUGAAACAACAAAAAGUUAUUAAAUUAUAGUACUGAAUCAUAAGCAAAAUAUUUUUAUACUUGUAUAUUGUGGAUACAUUUUAUUGCAAUUUCUUCUUGCAUCCCAUACAACUUUUCAUUGAAUGGAGCUUAAUUUCCUCAGGAUAGUAGCAUAGGAAAAGGAAAUGAAAAUUCAGGGUUUGGGUUUUUUUUUUAUAAAACAUUGAAGCUGAAACUUAAGGGAAAGGUAAAUUGCAGAGUAAUGGUUUUGAGGGGGGAAACUGAGGAUUUUUUUUUUCCCUGGCCAUUUAAGUAUAGAACUCCCUUUCUUUUAAAUAAAUAUUUUUAAACCAGAA